AGAUCAGCAAACGAGCCAAAAGUCAACAUGAAGUUCCUGAUUGUCUUCGUUGCCCUCUUCGCCGUGGCUCUGGCCGCUCCUGCCGAUGAGGAUAUCUUGCGCUACGAAUCCAUUGUUGAACCCGAGAGCUUCGCCUUCAAAUGGGAAACUAGCGGAGGAGCGACGGCUGAGGCCGAGGGAGUGGUGAAGAAUCCUGGCUCCGAUCACGAGGCCCUGGCCGUCAAGGGAUCCUACUCCUAUGAGGGCCCUGAUGGUGUCACCUACACCGUCACCUACAUCGCCGAUGAGAACGGAUUCCAGCCCCAAGGUGAACAUCUGCCCGUGGUUUAA